AUGUGCACAGACAUGCCGAAGCGAUAUGCGCUUUUGAUUGGCAUAGACGUGUAUCUCAAUGAUGGAUCAAGAGACUCGUCUACAUAUCGGAAAUUGUCGCUUCACAAUCUCCGCGGUUGCAAAAACGAUGUGGAAGCCAUCAACGAUUUUCUUCGUGAUGAGUACAAAUUCGAAAAGAUUUCUAUCCUCUCUUCGCCUGUUGCCGUCAUCAAGGAUGAAGAAAAGGGCUCUGGAAGUUCAGUUGAGCCACAGAAUCGCUUACCGACGUUUGCCAAUAUAGAAGCUGAGUUUGAUGCCGUCUAUGUAAAUGCAGCGGCUGGCGAUUUCUUCUUCUUCCACUAUUCCGGGCACGGGGCACUUCUUCCUCGGCAAAAGGAUUCUCCCAAAAGCAGCAGAAUGGAAGAACCUUCUCUAAUUACAGCUGAUUUUUGUUGCGGGCAGCCAGCAGUUCGCGGGUGGAAGCUCAACCAGUGGUUGAGAAAGCUUAACAAAAAAGGGAUCCAGAUCGUUGUCACCCUCGAUAGUUGCUACUCUGGGGGCUCCUGGAGAACGACUGGUGAAUACAUAUCCUAUCGCACGCCAAACAAUUUUUCUGUUCCCUCAAACCUCCCCAUUGAAGACCAAACAACAGCAGACUCGCACAACAUUAUGGAGCUUGUUCUCCGUGAUGCUGGGAUGGAAUCAUCCUGGUCAAUCAACCCCAACUCUUUUACGCUCAUAGCAGCCUGCGGCAUUAAGGAGAAAGCAGCGGAGAAGGCCAUAAAUGGCAAAUUAUACGGCGCUUUUACAUGGGAGCUGCUACAAUACCUAAGAAAGAGCAACAAUAAUGGCAAAGGAUGUUUAAACGUGACAUAUCGCAUGAUAUCAGACCAGCUCAAUAUGCGACUUGAAGGCCAGACCCCAGCUGUCUAUGGCCGUGACAGGUUGCUCUUCUUUGGAAGCUAUGAACCUUUUUCUGUUACUCCGCUGGUCAUGCAAUUACAGGACAACAAAGUCGUCAUCCCAGCUGGUAGGGCACACGGGAUUAAUGUAGGGUCUGAGUUCAGGGUAUUGCCAGAAAUCUAUGGUGUUGCUCUAUCUGUGAACAAAGUUGAAGAAUUCCAGUGCAAUGCAAUAGUAUCUGACGAGUUCUCGCUAAAGCUGAAGGAAGGCCGACCUGUUGUCAUUUCCUCUCGGUGGAGUCUGGGUGAAGAAGGUCUCCGAGUGUAUGUGGAUCCCGCGUUUGGUUCAGACUUUCGGAACAAGCUACAAAAUCGGCUCGAAGAAAGAAUAGUCAGUCCUAUCAAGCUCCUUGACUCUAUCAAGAACGAGACGGACGUGUUAAAGCUGGACAAGCUAGGCGAGGAUGACGCCGUGAUCCAGGGACCUGCGUGGCUGACUGGAACCAAGGAUCCUGUACGGCCACUAAAUCUCAGACACGGCAGCUUAAAAGACCUUGCCGCAGAAGCCGCCCUCGCCCUCGCGCACCUCGCCCGAUUCCGACAGAUUCUCCUCCUUCAAUCAUCCAGCUUGGAGCCACCGCCGUUCAGUGUGGAUAUCAAGCCGGCGAAUAACGGCCCCGUGGCCAAUCUAUAUCCGCUUAACCAAAAGUUCAAGUUCAUGUUCGAGAACAAGAGCGAUGACGAGCUAUACAUCACGGUCAUAGUGCUCAGCCCAAAUUUCAGCAUUGAACAGCUCUAUCCCUCCAGAGACUAUCCCCAGACCAUAAGCCCGGGCAGCGUGAAGUCUUUCAACUUCUCUAUGGCGCUCCCCGACGGACCUGAAUGGGUCAAAAAAUCUCUCUGUCGCACCUUUCGUCGAGAUAUUAUCCGUACGCUGGUUACAAGGCGUAGGCCUGUCUCCUGGAAGAGUCUGGAACAGCCAAAUAUCUGGGAUGCUAGUCUGACCAGCUUUCUCCAAAAGCCGUCUUCUACACGUGAGAGCUCCGCUGUUUUUGGACCAGAUGUUGACUGGUGGUCAGACGAUCAGAAGAUAAUCACGGGCUCUUGUGAAUGAAUGUGAUUUGGCGUUUGUACUGGCAUGAGCUACCAUGUUAAAGUCAGAGUGCAGGCUAUAUACGACAUGAGUGGCGCCGCCGCGUUCUUGUGCUGCACCUUUACUACGUGGUGCGGUGGCAAAACGCGACACCAAACAUUAUCAAAUUUAUAUCUUUAUUUUCAAGAAGUGAUGACUUAAAACUUGGAUUUCAAUAGAACUAC